AUGGAUGCUUUUGGGCCUGCUGUUGAAGUCUGCUCAUUGUUGGUCCAGAACCAAGUGGACAAACGCAAGAUUGCCUGUAUCUCCGCAGUAACUGACAGUGAAUAUGUCAUCUCAUGUUCGAUCCAGGCUAUUUUAAAACGCACACCUGAUCCGGAUGGAAAAAGGUUGAUCGUGCAUAGUAAAUCGUUGAAGCCUGGCAAAAAUAUGGAAAACAAGAAACAAAUGGAAAAUCACGUGGUGGGCCGUAUCUGGACAUCCAAAGAUCCAAGGAAACCAUCUAGCUUGAUGGCUUUUGAUGGCUCUCUUGGAUAG